AUAUACGAACUCUGAAAUUUGAUUCUCACAUGUGAGUCCCAGAGCCCAGGUAGUUAUUUCCUCUGUGCGACCAUUUUCCUAAAUAAAUUCAUUCUACUGUACUGAUCUGUGAUUCCCAGAGACCGGUCAUCUAUGAAGAACAUCUUCAAGAAGAAGCCUCACCACCCCAACCGAUCGAACGAGUCUCCUCAGCCUUCGUCUUCCUCUACCGUGCUCACCUCAUCAUCUUCCCCACCGUCUGCCCAUCAGCGCGAAUCUAGCACCUCUCAGCAUCCGCAGAGUCCUUCGACUGCCUCAUCUACUUCAGCUGCCGCCGCGCCAGUUGCCGCUGCAGGAGCGCCUGCUAUCAAUCCGCAACAUGACUACUAUGCCUCCGAAGAGGAUUACCAGAUACAGCUUGCCUUAGCACUCAGUGUUUCCUCAUCCCACGCUGAGGAGCCUUCCUUUGACUCCGGCAAAGGUCAGAUCCUCGGUGGAGGGAGAUAUAGUGCUGAAUCUGCUCGUGAUAGGGAGGAAGCUGCUGCUGACUUUCUGUCGAGUCACUAUUGGGAUUACAGCAUUCUUGACUAUGAGGAAAAAGUUGUUGAUGGUUUCUAUGAUGUAUAUAGCCUCUUCACAAGUCCUGCAAGUCGGGGGAAAAUGCCGUCUCUUUCUGAACUUGAAACGAAUGGUGGAAGUUCUGACUUUGAAGUUGUGAUAGUGAAUCAGAAAAUUGACCCAUCAUUGGAGGAGCUUAUACAGAUUGCACAUUGCAUAGCAUUAGAUUCCCCCACAGAUCAGAUUGGUCUGCUAGUUCAGAGACUUGCUGAACUUGUAAUAGAACAAUUGGGUGGGCAGGUGAAGGAUGCAAAUAUCAUACUAACUAGAUGGAUGGAAAGAAGUAUGGAAUUGAGAACUUCUCUUCACACCAGUGUGCUGCCUAUAGGAUCCUUAAAUAUCGGGUUGUCACGUCAUCGUGCGUUGCUGUUCAAGGUUUUGGCUGACCAUGUUGGGAUUCCUUGUAGACUAGUUAAAGGUUACACAGGUGUUGAGGAUGAUGCUAUCAACAUAAUAAAGCUACCAAAUGGGAGUGAGUUUUUGGUUGAUCUCAUGGGUGCACCCGGGACACUUAUACCAGCUGAAGUUCUAGGUGCAAAGGAUACUUGUUUCAAGCCAUAUAAUAAGCUUCCCAAUGCCCGCUCAACCAGUGGCUCCAGGCUCGACUCCUUGGAUGAUAGAAAAUAUGCUACUGGACAUGAUAUUUUAACUGUCACGAGACCAGUAAGGCCAGAAUCAAAUCCAUUGUUUUCCGAGGCAAGUGUUGGUGCAGGUUCACCAGGAUUAAGUAGUAAAGGUUCUCCUUCUCACCAGUUGGAUCAAAUCACAUCAUUGGUGAUUGGGAAGUCCCUAUACAAGGGAGGUCGUGGACCUAAUGUUGCUAGUGACGGUUCAAGGGUGAAUGUGAAUGUUCCACAUAGUGAUGACCCAAAAAAUCUUUUUGCUGAUCUCAACCCCUUUCAAAUAAAAGGGUCUGGCGUGGUUCAGAAUAACCCUUCUAGAACCGCAGGCAGUCGGGUGCAGUUUUCAAAAAAUGUCGCAGGCAAGCCUCCUGUCCCUAUGAAUUGGAAAAAUCGCUAUGCAUGCAAUGAAGUUCCAGAUGUUUUGCCAAAGAUCAAACUUGAUGCAAACAAUUAUAAUGCAUCAACAGUGGCUUCUUCCACCUCAGCUGUACAGCAGAAAGUUUUAUUUGAUACCCCUCCGAUGUUGGCAACUCAUUUUGAAUUUAGGAAGUCUUCUGUUGAAAACAACCAGAGAAGUGAUCUUGAGCAACCAUAUCAAAUGGAUGGGGACCUCCUGGAAAGUAAUGAUGCAGACACAACCAGAGCUCAUUUUCAGGAAGUCACUCUGCAGAAUAACAGCAGAAAGAUCACCCAACAUAAGUUCACUGGAACAGAUUUGAAAUUUAAGGAGCCAGUACACUCAAACACUUCAACAGGAUUAAGCUUAUCCCAGAUUAAUCAAGUAUUGGAUGAUGUGAAUGAAUGUGAAAUUCCAUGGGAAGAUCUUGUUCUUGGCGAAAGGAUUGGACUAGGUUCAUAUGGAGAGGUAUACCGCGCUGAUUGGAAUGGCACUGAGGUUGCUGUCAAGAAGUUCCUUGACCAGGAUUUCUCGGGUGCUGCUUUGGCUGAGUUUAAAAGAGAAGUGCGGAUAAUGCAACGUCUAAGACAUCCAAAUGUAGUUCUUUUCAUGGGUGCAGUAACCAGACCUCCAAAUCUUUCGAUCAUCACUGAGUUUCUUCCUCGUGGAAGCUUGUUCCGGAUAAUUCAUCGUCCUCACUCUCAAAUAGAUGAGAAGCGCAGAAUCAAAAUGGCUCUUGAUGUGGCAAUGGGCAUGAAUUGCUUGCAUACAAGCACACCAACUAUUGUUCAUCGUGAUCUGAAGUCCCCGAAUCUAUUGGUAGAUAAUGAUUGGAAUGUCAAGGUGUGUGACUUUGGCUUGUCACGCUUAAAGCAUAACACUUUCCUGUCAUCCAAGUCAACUGCAGGAACACCCGAGUGGAUGGCGCCAGAAGUUCUACGUAAUGAACCUUCAAAUGAAAAGUGUGAUGUUUAUAGCUUUGGUGUUAUUCUCUGGGAGCUUGCGACUAUGAGAUUACCAUGGAGUGGGAUGAACCCUAUGCAAGUUGUAGGUGCAGUUGGUUUCCAAAAUCGGCGUCUUGAAAUCCCCAAAGAACUUGACCCUCAUGUGGCUAGGAUAAUAUGGGAAUGUUGGCAAAUGGAUCCAAAUUUACGGCCAUCAUUUGCAGAAUUAAGUGUGGCAUUAAGACCGUUGCAGCACCUUGUCCUUCCUUCUUC